AUGAAACUUCGGAAGUCCCCAAACUCAAAGGCAAGAUUCAUUGAGAUUUGUGAAGAAACUCAAUGCAAGAAACCCCAAACCAUCAAGCGUGAUGUCCCGACUCGGUGGAACUUGACUUACCUGCAAAUUUCCAGUAUUGUCCGAUGUGAGGAGGCCAUUGUCAUGUGGCAGCGCGACAAGCAGUUCGGCAUGCCCCGUAACUAUCAUGUUCAACAAGAAGACUUUGACUUAGCCACCGACUUGGUUCAACUUUUGCUCCCGUUUUACGAAAUCACGCUCCAAUUGUCAACCAAAGCCUCUGCCCGGAUUGCGGAUGUUGUUGUGAUGAUCGAUCAAAUCACAUCAAACCUCGCCGCCGUGAUUGCAAAUCAGGAUCCCGAAAAAAUCACCCUCCAGCCUUACGAAAUGCUUGUCGUGCGGGGCUUCGCAUAA